UAAGAAGUUGUGAUUUUACACAUGAAAACAUUAGCUAAUGAUGAAACACGCUUAUGAUUAGUUAAAACAAAACUGAUAGAGGUCAUUGCAUCUGAUUGAAUUUAUAACCUCUUCAGUAGUAACAGAGCAGCCGUGAAUUUAUCAAAGUCUUCUAGUGUCAAGAAGACGUUACGCUUAAUUCGUAUAUAAAAUUACAAUUGAAUCAAGAAGACGUCGAUUUGGCACAUUAAAUUAACAUGAUGAAUUCUGCAAUUUUAAAUCUAUUGGGUAAUAAGUGAUAAAAUUACAGAAUGCGAAUAAUAGUUUAUUGAUAUUUCACGUAACCUGUAGUAAUGACGUCCACUUCCAAUUUCAAAAUGGUGGAUGAGGCUUAAUAUCACGUGACAACGACUCGAGACUUCUUGUGAAAAGUCGUGAAAAGUUUCUUUCAGAGCAAAGUGAAACUUUUUGAAUUUAAUUAUUUUUGAAACACAUGUUAGAGUGAUAAUAGUAGUGUUGAUCACAUAACGGAUGAUCGUCUGCCGAGAGAUUCUCGUCUGCUGUAUACAUCGCUCGAUAUUUUAUCAGUAUCUCUAUACUAACUCUUUGGAGAAUAAAUUGGCAGGCGAAUUUGCUUGAAGAUAAUAUCAAAUGCUUACAUUGAAUUAAACAUGGAAGUUUCUACUAACUUCCGCCAGUUAACAUAAGAAUGACACGAAAGAAUCACAGAUUUCUCGUGCUUGGACUUGUUGUCACCUUUAUAUGUUUCCCGAGCGAGACAGAAGGGGAAAAUAUUGCCAAAACGUUUUUAAAUCAUGAUGUUCACGCUUUUGUUCUGAAAGAAAUUGGAAAAGUUCCUCCAGCACCAGAAAAUGGAAGUGCGAUACUCGUCGACUGUGAGCUGAAUAUUGACAGUUUUGAUUCAAUAAAUGAAGCCAAUAUGGAUUUCACGGUGGGUAUUUUUCUCCACUUGUACUGGCAUGACGAGAGAUAUAUACAGUGGAUUAUGAAGUCAUCCAGUCACAAAGUUUCCUUUGAUCAUAAGAGUAUGGAGAAGCUAUGGUUACCAGAUAUUUAUUUCCCAAAUGAAAAAGAGGCCAGACUCCAUUCCGUUUUUGUACCAAAUAAAAUGUUAAGUGCCAACUUAGGAGGAAAUGUGUCGUAUACUGCAAGAGUGUCCCUGAAGCUUAAUUGCCCAAUGCAAUUAAAGAAUUAUCCGUUUGAUCGUCAGACAUGCUCUAUUGAAAUGGAAAGUUUUAGUUUAAGUGAAAAGAGUUUGAAACUGAGAUGGAUGGCCACUGGUGAACACAGACCUGUUGUUAAAAAUGAAGACGUGGAAUUGCCACAAUUUACUAUUACCAAUGUAAAUAUUAGAAAUGAGUCCAGAACAAGACGAGAUAAAAGUGGUCACAGUUGUUUAAUAGCAGACAUUAUUUUAGAACGGAGAAUUAAGUAUUAUAUCGUACAAAUGUACAUUCCCAGUAUGUUUGUUGUGUUUCUGUCGUGGAUGUCUUUCUGGUUAAAUGUCGGUGCAGUACCAGGAAGGAUAUCGUUAGGUGUGCUGACAGUUCUCACCAUGGUUACACAAAGUUCAGGGGUCAACGCCUCACUUCCACGAGUGUCGUACACUAAAGCCAUCGAUGUUUGGAUGUCCACGUGUUUAUUGUUUGUAUUUGCUGCCUUGAUUGAAUUUGCUGUGGCCAAUGUGUUAAGUCGCCGUGACCUAAAUAGAGGAUUUAGAUUAAAAGAUAUCCCAAUUUUACCUCGUAUAUCAACAAAGAAAAAGAAAACAAAAUCAGCGGAGGUAGUUAUUGGUGAAAACGGUGAGAUGAAAUUAAACCCAGCUACAGAUCCAACACUUUCUAGGUCCAUGAAUAGGACACCAGGUCACAUACAGGCCAUGUAUUUGGACGUAGCUUCCAGAUUCUUAUUUCCAUUCUUAUUUGCAAUGUUCAAUGUCUUCUACUGGACACAUUAUUUGUGACAGCAGACAAGUGGCCAAUGAACUUUAUCCUUCCUGAAAUGUGUGAUAUAAAUACAGGGCUCUGUGUGCAGAGAUGACGGUUCUUCUAAUAAGAGCUUUUCAGCAAUGGUGUUGUUGAAAUACAAGUUGCUUGCUUCUAGCUUUACAAACGAUAAAGUGAUGGUUUUAAGAGUGAAAACCGUGACAACUUGUAUUUUUUGUCUCUGGUGGUAGUAUAUAUGCACAGAUUUCAAUAUGCAAUGCCAAUCAGUAUCGUUUGGUAAACAUGUACUUAAAUAUUUUUUACAUAAAAGCUUAUACGAUGGAUUUUCCUCAUUUAUCAGCAUUAAAUAUAUGUCGUUCAUGAAGGAUUAUUUUAGAAAUUUCAAAUAUUUAUGAAAUUCUUAAUUUCUGCUUAAAUUUCUUAAAUUUUUAUGAUUUUUAGAUUAGAUGAAUUUGAAUAGUUACCUCGUAUUGUUGGUCUCGUGAACUUUAUCAACCUACAGUAACCUCGUGUUGUUGGUCUCGAGAACUUUACCAACCUACAGUUACCUCGUGUUUCCUCGAUAGAUUCAAGGUGUUGAUGCUCCCAAAACUUUUUUCUAUCAAUUUUCAAUGUUUUUCAGUAUUUGUGUUUUCCGUCAAAAGUGUGCGUCUGGUAAAGAUAAUUUCAGAUAAUAAUACGAUAUGCAAUGUAUAUGUUAACAAGUAACGUUAUACCCUUUACUUUUUUGUCAUGUAGGACCUUCCAUAAAAGGUAAACAUAAAAUGUAUUCCAAGUAGAAAUAAUAUACAUUUAGAAAUGAACUGCCUUCUGAAACAUAUGCAUUUUGUAUUUUACCAAAAAAUAUGGUAAUUUUUAUGUCAUUUAUGUGCGUUUACGGUAGUGUUUCAAUUGGAGGCAUUUCUCUAUUCACGGUUGACAUGAAUAGAAAGACGAUAUAGAAUACUACAGUUUAAUAGCGUAGAUAUCAUUUCUGAUCGUGUAUGUUUGAAUUGUUUUACUUAAUAAUGUAUAACUUAUUAUUUUUACUGUGAUAUAUGAGGAAGUAUGGUGAAAGGGCUAAAUAUAAAAUGAGACGUCUAUUCCAUGUAUAUGUAUAUCUUUUAUUUAACUAACUAGAUAUAUUAUCAUCUCUUUUACAUUUAGUGCGUUUGUUUUUCAUGUAAAAUAUACAAUAGAAUAUAUACAUGCAAAUGUAGGGAAGGGAAAACACGAUAUCUAAUUAGAAAAAAAAGAUUGUGCGAUUGAAGUACAUGCAUGAAAACAACGAAAAAAUUUAAAAUGAACCAAGUCUUGACUUUUUCAGUUUUAUCUUUGUUUUUAGGUAGCCCGCCACCCGAUAUUAAGCAACUAUAAAUAAUAAAUUCUUUAAAACGUUUACAAAAAAACGAAAGAAGAAAAAAACGUUGUGUUCUUAAAUUCUCUUGAAUAUGUUUCGAUAGAAAUACAUAAAGUUUAACCAAUUUAAUUACAAUUUAUUUAGAUAUCCGCACUGGUUAUACCUGGUCGUGAGCGAGUGCGGUAAUUUAUUUUUAAUUAAAU